UCUUUGCAACCUUUGUGCGCGAAUUUGCUCCUCCGUGUUGCAUGUGCAAGAUAACGAAAAUUUCCUCAAAAUUCUAGUGCUUUUCCCGGGCGUAAAAGUGUUUUCCUACGUUUUUAUUCAUCGGCAUCGGUGGAUGCUUCAUUUCGGGGUAGAUUUGGGCCAGUUUGGUUGGAAAUUUGCACGUUUCGUUGGAGCAUUCGUGAUAGCAUUUUCUACGCAGCACCUGGGGCAGUGUGGAAGUCGGAUUACGCCACUUUUUAUUUAGUAGUGUUUAGCUUGAAUGUGUGUUCUUUUUGAUCCGCGACCUUGAUUUUUUUGUGGGAAAAGUUGUUUUUGUUUUGUUGAACGGAAGAUUACGACAGCGAUGCUCAGCGACGAAGUUUUAGCGCAGCUAACGGAGAUGUUUGGCGAUUGUAUUGACCAGACGCGCAUCCAAAGGACGAUGAAGCGAUGCCACAACGAUUUGGAAAGUUGCAUAGAGAUGCUUCUAAAGGAUGAAAUCGUUGACGAGAGCGAAAAAAUGCCAUCGAUUCAGUCGGAAAAUUCUUGGGAUAUGAUGCCUGCCAUAACAGAAACUAAACAGCCCAAUCCAGCGCCAUCAACAGGGGCAAUCAAGAAGAUAUUGACCGCCCCUCAACAAACUGCUGAGAGUGAGACGAUCUCGUUUGCUUCGUUCAUGAAGUAUGGAAUGGCGCCCAGCAUGCCCCAAGUUCAGCAAAACGCCACUCCGGCUCGUCGCACCGACAAAUGGCCACCAAAUUUUGAUUCAGUCGUUGAUCUUAUCAACAAAGGCUACCGGGUGAUGGUGCUGAUGCGUGGUGCCCCCGGAUCUGGCAAAUCUACCCUAGCGCGUGCCUUGGUGGAUAAAACGUUGGCCAACGGUGAUUAUCGGAAUCACAUUUUCAGCGCCGAUGACUACUUCGUUGUGAAUGGAGUGUACAAAUAUCAGGCGGAUCGAAUCGAUGAAGCACAUCGGUUCAACCAGAAUAACGUCCUGGCCAAGGCGCGUGAUGGCUGGAGCCCGAUUGUGGUCGACAACACGCACAUGCGGCUAUGGGAAAUGUACGCCUACGUACAGAUCGCUGCGGACAAUGGCUACUAUCUGGAAGUGCUUGAACCGGCAACCCAUUGGCGGUACAACGCCAGGAGUUUGGCCGCGCGGAAUACCCACGGUGUUCCGGAGCAGAAGAUUAAAAGCAUGCUUGCCAACUACGAGAAGCUGAAGGACGCAACGGUGCUGUACAAGCAGUGCAAACUGGAACAUGCUUUGUACGUGCCGCCAAGGAUGCGCCACUUUCCUAUUGUGAAAGAGGAUUUACUGGAACCAAAGACUGAGGGCAAUCGCGACAGGGGCCAGGACUCCGGUGCAGAAGCCGUAAACUUAGACGUAAUUAUGAAAGAAUGGUCGAUGACCGGCUGGGAGACAUCGAACGAUACGCAAUCUGACACUAUCCCACGUGACCAGAACGGCAUUGCCAUGGAUCUAACAGACAUUCCGAUCCCGAAGCCACCCCGGCAGGGAACGCCAAAGCAUGUUCCGUUGGCUGCUGACUCCAAUCAGUCGAUUCCAACCGUGCAGGAACAAAGCGAGACCAGCGAGUGGAACUGGCCUGCCGCCAACGAAGUCAGCUGGAAGCCCUACGACGAAGAAAGCGUCGAUUUUUGGACUCAUUCCGAUCCAACGGGUGGCGCACAGCCACAGCCACCGAAAUCGCCUGAAACGCCUCUUUCGAAACGAACGGAACCACCGCCCACGCAAGAUCCCACCUCGUUGCUGCUGUCUAGCAUACAAAUUCCAGCCAACUGGAAGACACCGGAAAGUUCGGCCGGUGUAACGCCGGUAGCUUCCGCCCAAAAGAAGAAACCCGAGACAAAACGGGUUGCCCUGGUCAAGCAUCGGAGAGGGUGCAAGAACGAGAACACCAGCUUCUCGGAAAUCUGCAAUCUUUACCCGCAGAUUCCGGUUCAGUAUCUGUGGGAUUUGUUCGAGAAAUGCAACGGAGAUGGCGACUGGACGGCCAAUCUUCUGCUGGAGGAGCAAAAGAACUACGAGUUUGACGCAACGGGUAAUUCGACGGAGGCCGGUGCUGUCGGUGGCCAGUUGGCAUUCGAAUGUGACUGCAACGAAACGAUUAUGACCCAAGUGCCUUCUGGGGAUCCCUCUGGGGCUGGCGGAGGAGGUUACGAAACCGAUAGAUCAACCGUCAGCUCGGAGUCACCUCGAAAUACGUCCAAACGGAAGGAAAAACCACUUUCGGAAGAUUUGCAGAAUGCUAAGAAACAGCUAGAAGCAUUCGUAGUUCUGGGAAAGGAGCAUUAUUCGAAGCACAUACAGCAAAUAAGGGCAGCCAAGGGGAUCAUCAGCAAAGAGGAAGCCGAUCAAAAGUCGGAGGAAUCGGAAGCAUCCUCGUCGGAGGAUCAGAUUAAAUCCGAUCCGGAAGUGUUCGAAGUUACCCUGGGGAUUGAUCUCAUCAAACAGCUGCACGCCAUUUUCAAAGACAAGCAUGGUUCCAGUUCCGUCGACUUGAAUGAACUGACUGAAGAUCGGACGAAGGUUUUCAUGGCCACGGAGAUGGCAGAGCAACUCUACCUUUCGUUUUUGGAUUCCGUUUACAGCUGUAGAGAGGAAAAUAAGAUUUACACGCUUAAAAGAGACGCCCAUUUAGCGCAGCAGAUAGAGGCCAAACAAAAGUAUCCGGUCCUGUUCAAAAAACCCAGCGACACACCUAAUCUCAACGACAUUAUGGAAAUGGAGUACGCAUUGACCGCGUAUCGGAACGAAAUCAACGGUUGGACCAAGCAGGCCCCUCAAGAUCUGGCUUCACAGAUGACUCGUCAGAAGCUAGCCGAAAUGUACCCGAGUGUCGACGAAACUGUCCUGGCGGAAAUCCUUCAUGCCCAUCAUAACAAAUUCAACGACACCGUGAAGGUCCUGAACAACUCGAUACCGGAGGAACUACGAAAUCAGAUCGCCCAGGAACGGGAAGCGCUCCUGAGACGAGCGGAAGCCGAGAAACAAAAACCAGCGCCAACCUCUUUCACACCUCCACCGACCCUGGACCAGGACCAGCCACACAGCGAGGACGCCAUCAAUCUUCACCUGAAAACGGCCGAAGAAUGCCGGAACCUGUCCCAACACCACCAAGAACUCAAGAACGAAUGCCACGAGAAAGCCUGCAACGCGAUCCAGCGCGGAAUGGCCGGGGUGGCCGAGUACUACGCCCAGGUGGCUCGACUCCACCGGACCAAAAUAGACAUGUACAACAGCAGGGCCUCGAACGCCAUCAUGGAAGUGCACAAGCUCACGCUGAACAAUGCGGACGUGUUGGACUUGCACUAUCUGCACUCGGAGGAAGCCUUGCGGUGUUUGGAGAUAUUUUUGGCUGAGCACGCCCGCAAGUUGACCACCCGGAGGCAGCAGUACAAGGAGCUGUUCAUCAUUACGGGACGGGGACUGCACUCGGCCGACGGGAUACCCAUCAUCAAGCACCGGGUCAAGGCCAUGCUGCGCGAUUUGAGCUUGAGAUGCACCGAACUGAACCCGGGAUUCCUGAAAAUCAAGCUGAGCAACAAUCCGGACAUGCUGGACCGGUUGAUGGGUUCCUAGUCCUCAUCCAUUAGGAGCAUCGUCGUCGUCUGGGCGGUACUGUUGUAAGUAUGGCCUAGUUCUCACCUGCUGCCUUACAGAUACUAUAGCGUAUAGUAGGUAUAGCUUCUAUACGUGAAACAAAGAUUUACCGACCAAAACUAUGCGACUUAAGACAGAUUAACACCUACCAUUUUUUUACUACUCUAUCCUGUUUAAUAUAUAACUGUGACUAUUUUUUAAUCCUGUAAUUUGGUGCGAAUCAUUGUUUCAUAUGUUUCAAUAUGAAACACAUUUUCCUAUGGUUAUGGAGUCUAUAUAUUUUCUUAGGACAUGUAUUUCCCCUGUGUUGAAGUCGAAAAUAAAGUCAUACAAUUUAA